GACCCGCUGGCGCCGGCACCAGCUGAGGAGCUGGCGGUGGAGCCGGCGGGCGGACGAGGUGGUCGCGAGCGACCCGUGCUGCAGGGAGCCACAGCAGCCCCUGGCCCUGCACUGAAGGAAGGAACUUCUGCUGCUAUCCAACCUUCCCCACUUUCUGGAGAUGGCGGGUGAAAUCACCGACACUGGAGAGCUCUAUUCUCCCUAUGUUGGGCUGGUGUACAUGUUUAACCUCAUCGUGGGCACGGGCGCCCUCACCAUGCCCAAGGCCUUCGCCACAGCUGGGUGGCUUGUGAGCCUGAUCCUGCUGGUGUUCCUGGGCUUCAUGAGCUUUGUGACUACCACCUUUGUGAUGGAGGCUAUGGCCGCAGCCAACGCACAGCUCCGCUGGAAGAGGAUGGAAACCCACAAGGAGGAAGAUGAUGAAGACUCCUCCACGGCCUCUGACAGUGAUGUCCUUAGCCAGGACAACUACGAGCGGGCAGAGAAACGGCCUAUCCUGUCCGUGCAGAGACGGGCAUCUCCCAACCUUUUUGAAAUCACAGACCGUGUGGAGAUGGGACAGAUGGCCUCCAUGUUCUUCAAUAAAGUGGGGGUCAACUUAUUCUAUUUCUGCAUCAUCAUUUACCUGUAUGGGGACCUGGCCAUCUAUGCCGCAGCUGUGCCCUUCUCCCUCAUGCAGGUGACCUGCAGUGCUGCUGGAAAUGACUCCUGUGAUGUGGAGAAAGACACCAAAUCCAACGACACUGACCUGUGCUGGGGGCCCCUGCGCAGAAUAGACGCCUACCGCAUCUACCUGGCUGUCUUCACGCUCUUCCUUGGACCUUUCACCUUCUUCGAUGUCCAGAAGACCAAGUACCUGCAGAUCCUGACCUCGCUGAUGCGAUGGAUUGCCUUCGCCAUCAUGAUCGUCCUGGCCCUGGUCCGCAUCGGGAAGGGGCAGGGGGAGGGGCACCCGCCCCUGGCCGACCUUUCGGGGGUCCGGAACCUCUUCGGGGUGUGCGUCUACUCCUUCAUGUGCCAGCACUCCCUGCCGUCCCUCAUCACGCCCGUCUCCUCCAAACGCCACCUCACGCGCCUCGUGUUCCUGGACUACGUGCUGAUCCUGGCCUUCUACGGCCUGCUCUCCUUCACCGCCAUCUUCUGCUUCCGCGGGGACAGCAUCCUGGACAUGUACACCCUCAACUUCGCCCGCUGCGACGUCGUGAGGCUGGCCGCCGUCCGCUUCUUCCUGGGCCUCUUCCCCGUCUUCACCAUCAGCACCAACUUCCCCAUCAUCGCCGUGACCCUGCGCAACAACUGGAAGACGCUCUUCCACCGGGAGGGCGGCGCCUACCCGUGGGUGGUGGACCGCGUGGUCUUCCCCGCCAUCACCCUGGCGCCCCCGGUGCUGGUGGCCUUCUGCACCCACGAUCUGGAGUCCCUGGUGGGCAUCACCGGGGCGUACGCGGGCACCGGGAUCCAGUACGUGAUCCCCGCCUUCCUGGUGUACCACUGCCGCCGGGGCACCCAGCUGGCCUUCGGCUACGGGACGGUCAACAGGCACAGGUCCCCGUUCCGCCACACCUUCUGGGUGGGCUUCGUGCUGCUCUGGGCCUUCUCCUGCUUCUUCUUCGUCACGGCCAACAUCGUCCUCAGCGAGACGAAGCUCUGAUGGCGGGGGGGCCGGGAACUCGGCCCUGGCCUCCCCUCCACAGAGCAAGGUUCCGUUCCCCCUUCUAUCUAGCCCGGGACUCUCCGAGUCUGGGCACCUGGUCUUGCCCACCGGGGCAGCACGUGGCUGCACCCAGGUUUCAGGAUGCCCCCCCCCCCCGUCCCCCCACCGGAGGCGGGCUCCUCUGUGGUGGAGACGCGGUGCUGGCGCCGCCACUAUUUAUACCAAGCCCCGCGCUGCCUCCCCUCCUGUGUCCUGGUCUGUAAUCAAGCGGGCGCCGUCUCUCAAAGCCCAGGCUCUAGCCAUCCUAACAUGGCCUGCCUGGAACAGCCGAGGCCCAGCUCCCCACCGGGCCCGGAAAGUCGCUAAGUGCCCCUCCUAGGGGAGGGCCUGGCCAGCCCCAGGGACGAGAACAGGAAGUGCUAAUUGGCUUCAGAGUUUCUAGACGAGAGCUAUAAGGGCCCUUGCUGUGGGUGCCAACUUGGGGACAGCAGGCCACGGACCGUCCCUUCCACGGGGCACCUAGCAGCCUGGUAGCUGGCAGCUGGCUUAAAGCCCUGGGCUUGCGACCGCUGAGAGGAACUCUCUGCUCCCUGGCUACCCCACAAAGGGGAGCCCUUGCCCCUCCUCCCUGUAAUAUGGAGCUGCCCCCCCUCCACCGUGACAUAAUGCCAUGGACAGGGUGAGAGUUCUGAGGCUCCUUCCUUGCGGAACAUCAGCCCAGAUUGCCUCAACGCUGCCCCCUGACACGGAAGGGCACCCCAUGGGACUUGGCUAUGGGUGCCCAGUGCCCACACUGCCUCGGGCUGCUGCGGGGGGGGGGAGGGAGGAAGAGGCCAGCCCCCCCCCCCCGCCAUCUCCCUCCCAAUCAUGCAUGCACCUGCCUCCAAAACACAGGUGACUCACGAACACCACAUUUGCAAUGUGCCUUCUGCUUUGGCCCUGGGGGGGUCGGGGGGGCAGCCCUGGGCCUGGGAGCUGCCUCUGGGGAGUUUGGGGGGUCCUCAGGUGCCUGUUCCUCCUCUUGAUUUCAGUGCCUUGUCCCACCCUUCUGGAGAAAACCACCCUCUCCCUUCCGUCUCACAGCUCACCUCACAUCUAAAGCUUGGACA